UGGCGGGCACCCGAAUGGAGUAACAGGCUGCAAUGUCAUCUCCACCUGGCCGCCUGGAGAGAUGUGUGACGGGAAUGGGAUCAAGUUGAAACACUUUUGGCACCGCACGACGACCGGGACGAAGGAUGGCGGCCGGGAGCGACGGCGACGGUUGCCGCCGCGCGUCGCCGCCGCGGGCCUCCGCGCCGCGCACAGAGGGCCCGCAGGAGGAAGGCGCCAAACCACGGCCGCCGCAGCAAAUCUGCCGCAGACGCGCCUUGUGACAGCCAAGGGUAUCAUGGGUGCAGUGGGCUGGAUGUUGCUACUACUCUCCCACAUCGCGGUGCCGGCGUCCUCCCAGAAGCCUCCCAGUCUCAGUGUGGGCGUGGUCAUGGGCCAGACGCGGCCGGUUCCCGACCAGGAUCUACGCCCGCCUCGGCGGGCAGACGACGCCCUCGACGUCUCUGUGGUCCCUCUGAGGAUGAACCAGACCGACCCCAAGUCUGUCAUCACACAGGUGUGCGAGCUCCUGUCUCGCUCUCGCCUCCACGGCAUCGUGUUCGCUGAUGGUACCGACCAGGAGGCCAUUGCUCAGAUCCUGGACUUCCUGUCCGUUCAAACCCAACUUCCCGUCCUGGGGGUGCACGGAGGCUCCUCUAUGAUUAUGGCCGACAAGGAUGAGAAGUCCACCUUCUUCCAGUUUGGUGCCGCUCUGCAGCAGGAGGCUCUGCUCAUGCUGUCCAUCAUGGAGGAGUACGACUGGCACGUCUUCUCCAUCGUCACCUCCAAGUUCCCCGGCUACCAGGCUUUCAUCAGCACGCUGAGGGUGACCGUGGACCACAGCUUUGUGCGCUGGGACCUCCAGAGCGUGGUCACGCUGGACGCUAUGGACGGCGACCCCAACUCCAAGUCUCACAUCGCCCUCAAGAGGAUCCAGAGUCCCGUCAUCCUGCUGUACUGCUCCAAGGACGAGGCGGUGUACAUUCUAGAAGAGGCGCGCUCCUUGGGCCUCAUUGGAGCCGGUUACAUCUGGAUUGUGUCCAGUCUCACCACCGGAAACCCCGACUAUACACCAGAGGCCUUUCCUCUGGGAAUGAUCUCUGUGUCCUACGACGACUGGGAGUACCCGCUGGAGACGCGGAUGCGGGACGGGGUGGACAUCAUCCUGUCCGCCGCCACCGCCAUGCUGCGGGAGAAAGGCGAACUGCCGGAGGCCCAGAGCAGCUGCUUCAGCACGCCGUCCGACCGCAGCCCGGGGAAACUGCCGCCCAGCGCCCUGCGCAGACACAUGAUGCACGUGUGGAAUGAGGGCAGAGAUCUCUCCUUUACCCCGGAUGGUUACCAGGCCAACCCCAAAUUAGUGGUCAUCGUGCUGAACAGCGAAAGGAAGUGGGAGAAGAUGGGUCGCUGGGAGAACGGAACGCUGUCGCUGAUGUUCCCCGUGUGGCCGCGCUACAACUCGCACGGCGACGAGGACGCAGACGAGAACCACCUGUCCAUCGUCACGCUGGAGGAGAAGCCCUUUGUCAUCGUGGACAACGUGGACAUCCUCACGGGGACGUGCAUGAGGAACUCCGUGCCCUGCCGCAAACACGUCAAAGACAACAGCACCAUGGGAGGCUCCUACAUCAAGCAGUGCUGCAAGGGCUUCUGCAUCGACAUCCUCAAGAAGAUCGCCAGGAACGUCAAGUUCACCUACGACCUCUACCUGGUGACCAACGGCAAACACGGCAAGAAGAUCAACAACGUGUGGAACGGCAUGGUGGGAGAGGUACGAUCCAACACAUGA